AUGCCCCGCGCCGCGCCCCGCUGGCCGCCGCUCCUGCUGCUGCGGCUGCUGCUGCUGCCGCAGCUCGCCCGCAGCGCCCCGGCCCGGGCCGGCGCCGGUGGCCCGGCCUCGGAGCUGGUGGUGCCCAUGCGGAGGGCGGACGGCGCUGGCAAGCUGGCGCUCCACCUGUCCGCCUUCGGCCAGGGCUUCGUGCUGCGCUUAGCGCCCGACGCCAGCUUCCUGGCUCCCGAGUUCAAGAUCCAGCGUCUCGGGAGCUCUGGAGGGGCGGCCGGGGGCGAGCGCGAGCUGCGGGACUGCUUCUUCUCGGGCACAGUGAACAGGGAGCCGGAGUCGCUAGCAGCAGUCAGCCUGUGCGGCGGGCUGAGCGGCUCCUUCCUACUGGACGGCGAGGAGUUCACCAUCCAGCCGCAGGGCGCGGGGGACUCCCUGCACCGGCCGCACCGCCUGCUGCGCUGGGGAUCCGGGGCGCGGCGCGCUCAAGCCCAUCCCCUCCCUCGAGGACCCGAGUUUUGGGGGGUGCAGAAUGGCAACGGUCAGGGACAGGAGAGAAACCACGAGCGAGAGAAGGAAGAGGAGGAGGAGGCAGACGAGGAGGAGGGCGAAGAAGAGGAAGCAGGCGACAGCGAACUGCCACCACCCCUAGGGGCCACGAGUAGGACCAAGCGGUUUGUGUCUGAGGCUCGCUUCGUGGAAACGCUGCUGGUGGCGGAUGCGUCCAUGGCCGCCUUCUAUGGAGCCGGUCUACAGAACCAUAUCCUGACACUAAUGUCCGUGGCAGCCCGCAUCUACAAGCACCCCAGCAUCAGGAACGCCAUCAACCUGGUGGUAGUGAAAGUGCUGAUAGUGGAAGAUGAGCAAUGGGGCCCAGAAGUAUCUGACAAUGGUGGGCUUACACUGCGCAACUUCUGCAACUGGCAACGGCGUUUCAACCAGCCCAGCGACCGGCAUCCAGAGCACUUCGACACAGCCAUUCUGCUCACCAGACAGAACUUCUGUGGGAAGGAGGGGAUGUGUGACACCCUGGGCGUAGCGGACAUUGGCACAAUCUGUGACCCCAACAAGAGCUGCUCUGUGAUCGAGGACGAGGGGCUCCAGGCAGCCUACACUCUGGCCCAUGAGCUAGGGCACGUCCUCAGCAUGCCCCACGAUGACUCCAAGCCCUGUGCACGGAUCUUUGGGCCCAUGGGCAAGCACCACAUGAUGGCACCCCUCUUCGUCCACCUAAACAAGACUCUGCCCUGGUCUCCUUGCAGUGCCAUGUACCUCACGGAGCUCCUGGACGGUGGGCACGGAGACUGUCUCCUUGAUGCUCCCACCUCAGCCCUGCCCCUCCCAACAGACCUCCCAGGCCGCAGGGCCCUCUAUGAGCUGGACCAGCAGUGCAAGCAGAUCUUUGGGCUGGGUUUCCGCCACUGCCCCAACACCUCUGCACAGGACAUCUGCUCCCAGCUCUGGUGCCACAUGGAUGGCGCUGAGCCCCUUUGCCACACAAAGAAUGGCAGCCUGCCCUGGGCUGAUGGAACGCCCUGUGGGCCUGGGCACCUCUGCUGGGAUGGCAACUGUCUGCCUGAGGAGGAAGUGGAGAAGCCCAAGGCCGUGGUGGAUGGAGGCUGGGCUCCCUGGGGACCCUGGGGAGAAUGUUCCCGGACCUGCGGAGGAGGAGUGCAGUUCUCAUACCGUGAGUGCAAGGACCCUGAGCCUCAGAAUGGAGGAAGAUACUGCUUGGGUCGGAGAGCCAAGUACCAGUCGUGUCACACGGACGAAUGCCCUCCUGAUGGGAAAAGCUUCCGGGAGCAGCAGUGUGAGAAGUAUAAUGCCUACAAUUACACUGACAUAGAUGGGAACCUCCUGCAGUGGGUCCCCAAAUACUCAGGGGUGUCCCCCCGGGAUCGUUGCAAGUUAUUCUGCCGAGCCCGUGGGAGGAGUGAGUUCAAAGUGUUUGAGGCCAAGGUGAUCGAUGGCACCCUGUGUGGGCCAGAGACUCUGGCCAUCUGUGUCCAUGGCCAGUGUGUCAAAGCUGGCUGUGACCACGUGGUGGACUCACCUAGGAAGCUGGACAAAUGUGGAGUGUGUGGGGGCAAAGGCAAUUCAUGCAGGAAGGUCUCCGGUUCCCUCAACCCCUCCAGUUAUGGCUACAAUGACAUUGUCACCAUCCCAGCGGGUGCCACAAACAUUGAUGUGAAACAGCGGAGCCACCCAGGGGUCCAGAACGAUGGCAACUACCUGGCACUGAAGACUGCCGACGGGCAGUAUCUGCUCAAUGGGAACCUGGCCAUCUCUGCCAUAGAGCAGGACAUCUUGGUGAAGGGGACCAUCCUUAAGUACAGUGGUUCCAUUGCCACCCUGGAGCGGCUACAGAGCUUCCGGCCCCUGCCUGAGCCUCUGAUCGUGCAGCUCCUGACAGUCCCUGGUGAGAUCUUUCCUCCCAAAGUCAAAUAUACCUUCUUUGUUCCUAACGAUGUGAACUUCAGAAUACAGAACAGCAAAGAGAAAGCCACCACCAACGUCAUCCAGCCCCUGCUCAACGCACAAUGGGUCCUGGGGGACUGGUCUGAGUGCUCGAGCAGCUGCGGAGCUGGCUGGCAGCGGCGGACUGUGGAGUGCCAGGAUUCCAGCGGCCAGACCUCCACCACCUGCAACAAGGCUCUGAAGCCUGAGGAUGCCAAGGCCUGUGGAAGCCAGCCAUGCCCCCUCUGACCCAGUGGAAGACGGCCAGUCUUGUGCUCAUGGAUUCGGAGUGCUGGGGUGCAGAUUAGUAUCCCCACUGUGGUAACCCUACAUGUAGAGGUGGCAGGCCAACCCAGUUCUCCCAUUGCCACGGCCCCUCCAGCCGGGCAUGAAUUCAUAAGGGAAGGAGAAGAGAGGAUGGGACAACAGAUCCUAAUGUCUGCUUUCUAGUGGGUGGGACCUUGCUUGAGUUCAAGCAGAGGACACAGAUUAAAAGGUAAAAAGUGCACUUGUUGACCCAAACAGAAGACUCAGUCAGCCUGUUUGCAAAGGACUAGCAAAGUUAAAUGAAAAAAAAAAAAUGUUUUCUAUUUGGUGUCCCCGAAAAAUAAUCUACCUCAGAGGGGAAAAAAUUCAUCCAAGAGAGGUGUGGGGUGGGGGCCAAUGGCAGAUGUCAAAGCAAGCUCUGUGGCUGCGCCCCUGAGCAGGCUUCAGAAGUGACCGUGACUCUCUUCAGUAUUAAAAUCCAUCGCUUAAAGGGCUGCAGGAUUGUGGACAGCCACCUGUUCUCAGGCUUCCCCCUGCAGGGGUGGAUCCAUUUCAAGUAUUUAUGCAAAUGUGUCUGAACUAAAGUGUGAUCUUGUGCCAAUGUAGUGGUCUGGUCUGGUUCAGUAUUUCUUUGGAAAGGGCAGGGGACCCGGAGCCCAAGGACAGAAGCUAAAUCUAGGUCAGCUGACCUUGAACACACAGGGAAGCGGGCACCUUGCCUGCCUGAGUCUCUUCAGGCUUUCCUCCCAGGUUCUCAGGUGCCAG